AUGGAUACCAUACUGAGUGAAGAUAUGGAAAAUGUUACAAUGCAGGAAAUCAUUAUGUAUUUUAAUGAACGUAAAGAUAUAUAUCUGUUAAAACAACGAGAAAAUUUGGAACAGCAAGAAUACAUCACAUUACUUGAACAUAUAAACGAUAACCAUAUACAACGCUUCAGAAGCGAGAUAAUAAGAUUGUUAAGCUUGAAGGUGACAUUGCAAAGCUACGAAGCGAGAACGGGAAUGUUACAAACUAAAAAAGACAAUGGUAUCGUGCGCUAUAAGAAAAGUUGUAAUCAUAGAGCUGGUGUGGAUAAAAAGAAAACGUCUGGAAUAACAUUUCAUAGAUUUCCAAAGGAUCCAGAACAUAGAAAAAAAUGGAUUACUUUUGUAAAUAGAGGAGCUUGGGUACCUACAACAUAUAGUGUGUUAUGCUCUAAGCAUUUCUCCGAAAAAUACAUUGACCGAACCUCCAGAUCUCUUGUUAGAUUAAGAGAUAAUGCUGUGCCCACUAUUGAUCUUAUGCAGCUCCAAGAGAUAUCUAAGCUGGGUGGACGCAAUGCAUAUGAUUUUAUUAAAAGGGCUUUUCAAGUUAUCCUAUCAAAUGACCAAGCUCUAAAAUAUAGUUGGAAGGGCAUGAAAGGAAACAGAAAAUUUAAAGAUACCCGUUUAGCAACGCUGUUGUUACGAGCCGCAGAUGUUACAGGACUAGCAGAUUCCCAAAAAACAAGUGAAUGUGCAAUUCAAACUUGGUUGAGAAGGGCAAGUGACAGGAAGGCAACAGUGUUAAAUAAAACUUUUUAAAAAAUAGGAAAAAAGUUAAAGUUUUCCCUUGGGUUUUCUGGGUAUUAUA